AUGUCAGCCGUACUGACGUCAGCUGCAGUGGUGGAGGCGGAGGGGGAGGCGCAAGCGGCGGAGGGGACGCAGGGGCAAGUCCGCAAGGGGCGGGGGAAGUCGGGCGGGCGGCAGAGAGUGCAGCGGCGGAAAGGGGGCGAUGGGGGGGAGCCGGAAGGCGAGGAGGCGGCGGGCGUGCGGACGAACAAGCUGGCGUGGCUGGCGGACGAGGGCGUCAUGCUCGACUCCGAGCAUGCAGUUGCCGUGGGUGCGAGCACGCAUUGCUGGCGUGUGGCUGGCGGACGAGGCGUCAUGCUCGAUUCCGAGGUAAGCCAUGUGCCGUGGUGGGAUGCGGUGAUGCGUGGUGGGGUGCUGCAUGGUGGGCGCACGUUGGCGCGGGUGAAUCGCGCCAUAGCGCGGUGCUCGUCCGUGAAGGAGGCGCUGGGCGUGGUGGAGGAGAUGAAGGCCAAGGGCCUCAACGCCGCCAAUGAGGGCACGUACCAGGCGCUGAUAACGGUGUGCAGGAGGCAGCGGCAGGGCGAGAGGGCGCUGGUGGUGUAUGCAGCAAUGAAGCAGGCGGGCAUGGCGCCGGGCAUGCUCACCUUCAACGCCCUCAUCUCCUGCUGCCACCAGGCUCAGCGAUUCGAAGAUGCUUUUCGCCUCAAGGCGGACAUGGAGGCACAGGGCUUAAAGCCCGACGUGGUCACAUACACAUCCCCUAUGGCCACUCUCACUUCCCACCCACACCUGCUCGCCCUCCUCGCCUCUCACCUUCAACGCCCCCCUCUCCUUUCACAUCCACCUGCCCCCAUGCAGGCAGACAUGGAGGCACAGGGCUUAAAGCCCGACGUGGUCACAUACACAUCCCUCAUGGCGCUCGUGGUCAAGACCGGCCCCUACCGCGGCCGCUCCUCUCCCUCCCAGCGGUUCGAGCGGGCCAUGGACUUGUACAGGGAGAUGCGCUCCCCCGAGCGGGCAGUGCAGCCGGACGCCAUCACAUUCAACACGCUCAUGUUUGCCGCCGCCCAGGCAAAGCUUCCUGGGAAGGUGCUGGAGGUGUACGGCAUGAUGGUGGCGGACGGCGUGCCGCCCAACCAGAUCACGUUCGGGAUUCUGCUCGAGGCCGUGGGCAGUGGCGGGCGGCUCACUGCUGCCCUGCAGGUGUUCAACGAGAUGCGGGCAGCAGGCAUCCCCCCCACCACCUCCACUUUCAACUACCUCAUUGAUGCCUGUGCCACCGCUCCCCGCCCUGACGCGGUGAAGGCCUGGAGCCUGUUCUCCGAGAUGGAAGCUGCUGAGAACGUUCGUCCCAACGCAGAAACGUUCAACCUCCUCAUCAACGCCUGCACCAAGGCGGGCGACCACGAGGGGGCACUGAAGGCAUUCGGCAUGAUGAGGGAGAGGGGGUACACGCGAGCCAUCACCACGUCCACCUUCAACAAGCUGCCUCGGCGAUGUACGCCCUCCCCUGUACGCCUUGCUUCCAGGUACGCCCUCCCCUGUACGCCUUGCUUCCAGGUACGCCCUCCCCUGUACGCCUUGCUUCCAGGUACGCCCUCCCCUGUACGCCUUGCUUCCAGGUACGCCCUCCCCUGUACGCCUUGCUUCCAGCUAUACAGCCAGAUGCGGGCAGAGGGCCACAGGCCAGACGUGGUAACCCUGGGGACGCUCAUCACAGCAUGUGGCAAGGACGGGGACGCAGCGCGCGCCAUGGCGGUGAGGCAGGAGCUAGAGGCCGAGGGCGUGCCGCCCAACGCCGCCGUCUUUCACGCGCUCAUGGCCGUGCAGGGCCGCGCUGGCUUGUGGCCGGCGGCGCUCGGCACGUUCCGGGAAAUGCAGGGCCGGGCGGCGGAGUGGGAGCAGAAGGGGAGCGGCAGCACCACGGUUAUUGGUGGCCCCAGAGAGAACCCCCUGGCACCAACCCUCCCGGCGUACACGGUGCUGUUCGACGCGUGCUUUGGUCCCGAGGGGGCAGAUGCAACAAUCAAGGGCCUCGUGGAAAAGGGGUGCAGGCUCUCCCUCACACCGGCUCUGCUAGCAGCGGUGGAGGUGUACAGAGAGGCAGCAGAGGCGGGCACCUUCUCGCACUACGCCCUCUCUGAUGCCUACAGUGCUUCCGCUACUGCUGCUCCUGCACCUGCCGCCGCAGCUGCCACUGCAGGAGCCUCAGCUGAUGACUCGUUAGUGCGCGACUUGGCUAUCGUUACAGGAAUGUCGCGGGCGAAGAACCAGCCGAUAGGAGAGGCACCGAGGGGCAGGUUUCCGAAGCUGUUUGUGAGUGUGGAUCGGACGCUGCAGGCGGUGGGGCUCAAGGGCAAGAGCAUGCGCGCGCUCACCAUGCAAGCGCUGUCUGUGGACGGUCAACAGCUCGCGCAAUGGCUCAAGAAAGAUGCCGCGGCUGUGUUUCCCGAGUUGAGGAAGUAG